GUAAAGUGCGCCCCGGUAUCCGCCCAUAUUCGCUUUAAGGAGGCCAACCUGAGUAGCUAGGCCGGACGCUGGAACAGAUGGAAAGUUCAAUCGAUUAAUUUGCCCACGUUUUUGCAUGUUCCCACUUGCUUUUGAUACGAGGUAGACCGACUUAAAUGCGGGCGUUUCGGUGUGAAAUAGGAAAUGCAGAGAUCGUGUGAAACGAGAGGAUUAUCAGCUUGACUUAUUUGGUCGCUACUUCGGACGCGGAACUCCACUCGCUAAAAGGUGAAUCAUGACAGAAUAUAAGCUGGUAGUGGUGGGAGCUGGUGGUGUUGGCAAGAGCGCACUUACCAUUCAGCUCAUCCAGAAUCACUUUGUCGAUGAAUAUGACCCCACCAUUGAGGAUUCCUACAGAAAGCAGGUGGUGAUUGACGGAGAGACGUGUCUGCUGGACAUCCUGGACACUGCAGGUCAGGAGGAGUACAGCGCCAUGAGGGAUCAGUACAUGAGGACAGGGGAGGGCUUCCUCUGUGUAUUUGCCAUCAACAACACCAAGUCUUUUGAGGACAUUCACCACUAUAGAGAACAGAUUAAGCGGGUGAAGGACUCCGAGGACGUCCCCAUGGUUUUGGUGGGGAACAAGUGUGACCUCCCGUCCCGGACAGUGGACACCAAGCAGGCUCAGGACUUAGCACGCAGCUACGGCAUUCCCUUUAUUGAGACAUCAGCCAAAACCAGACAGAGAGUGGAAGAUGCCUUUUACAAUCUGGUACGGGAGAUCAGGCUGUACCGGCUCAAUAAGCUCAGCAAGGAAGAAAAGACUCCGCGCUGUGUCAAGCUUAAAAAAUGUGUUGUGAUGUGAAAGGGGGCGUUGAUGAUGCCUUUUACACAUUAGUGCGAGAAAUCCGGAAGCAUAAGGAGAAGAUGAGCAAGGAGGGCAAAAAGAAGAAAAAGAAGUCCAAGACAAAGUGUACACUUAUGUGAAUAAUUGCCCCUUUUCAAGACAGACUAAAAAAAUAAAAAAAAAACUAUGUUGAACAGUUUAAGUAAAACAUUUUGUACAUUACACUAAAUUAUUAGCCUCUUUCUCAAUACCCACCAUACUGAAUACUAAACCUGACCCUUUUUUCCUGCCUUUCUAUUAUUUGCUACAUGGACACCAAUAAGCUUUAUUUUCAGUUUAGUGCCAGUUGCCCACGUGUUGGUCCGACAGCCUGUUUGAUUUUAUAGGACGAUGUUGAUUUUUUUUUUUUUUUUUUAUAUACAUGCAAAGCUGUGAGCUAAUUGCAUCACAACGAAUGGUUGACAAAUUACUUAUUACAAACUCAAUGUUAUUUCCCCACCCUUUGCUUAAAAGGUCAUGGCCUGCAAACGUUCUGUAAUGCCCUUUUUAAGUUUGGGAUGCCAAAGAAUUAACGUUCAUCCCGUUUCCCGUUCAAAAAAUACCAGAUUUGAAGAAAGGACCAACAUUCAGCCAGAUGAGAUCCAAAUGUCCCAGCCACUGUGUACUUUCCCACUUUGUAUUACCUCUAGGAAUUACUUGGUCACUGAUAUAAGUAUGCAUGCAAACUCCUACUCUUCUCCGAAUGUUUAACAACCUAAUUAGCUAUUAAUUAAUUUGCAUUUUGUUGAUGCUUUGUACUGUGUGGGAUUGAUUUCUUGCCUACAUUGAUGUUUUUCUUUUUUUCUUUUUGCAUGCAUUGUGUCUCAAAUGACAUGGGUGUUGCAAACUGCCUCUGGUUUAUAUGUUUAAUCAGAUCCACCAAUGAGGAACUCAACUUGACAUCAUACAGUCUUGUUUUGCAAGUUUAUAUAAAGUCCUCAUUUACUUGCCUUUUGUGAGAAAGAAAUCAGCCAUUUGGCUUGAUUAAUGACACAUUUAGAGAUCCAUUUCCUCCUGUUUUGGGAUAAGGAAACGGGACUAGCAGCCAUGUUUUGAGUAUUUUUAUUUAGCAGGGAUUCAUGCCUCACUGGUCACACAUUUCCUGCUUUUCUUUACUCUAAGGCUUGACAGCAGGAUGUUUUUCUUUUAUAAUUUAUCUUGACAUUAAUUGUUUUCUCUUUGUUACUGGAGAGUGAUUUAAAAAGUCCUCUUCUAAACAUCCUCCUGAUCAAGGUGUCAUAUAUACACAGCACAAGGAACCUUUAUCAGAUCAUAAGAUUAUGUUUUUUAGGAUUUCAAUUUGAGAAUGUCUGAUUCUCCAUUAGCUGGCCAUAGAGGUCUCAUGCCUUGCAUAUUUUCCGAGCUGUUGACUUAUUUGCAUGUGAAUGGCUAGAAAGCAGAUCUUAAAGCAGCUUUCAGGAAAGUUUCUCUUGGUGUGGAGUCACAAAGGUUAUUAAACAUUGUCUAAAUGGAUUUUCAGAUUCUUCGUUUUCGCAGAGCUUCUGAAAGAGUUUUUGGAUUAAUUUCAUAAAGUGUUUAAAUUGUUUGGAUGGCUGCCUUUCAACAGAAAUGAUUGUCCAGCAAAGUAAUUUGUCAUUUUCUCUCACAAAGCUUGUGUAAUGUGGUGGUGUAACUGGAACUGAUGUUUGUAAAUGAGGCUAUAAUUGCCAUACAAUUGGUUUUUAGAGAGAAUUGUAACAACAACCAAGUCCUUGUUUCUUUCCCAGGUCAACCCAUAUUUCCACCAUAUUAACAAGCUGUUCCCCGGAAGAUUUUCUAUUUGCCUUCUAUGUUUCCAUUAGGUGCUACAUUUAGACGGUAGAGAGAGUCGAGACAACAUUUACUUUGUCCUCUGUGUGCUCAAGAAAGGCGCACUGUUGUUGACACAGGAAAUCCAGACGUGAUACAUUUUGCUUUCAGGAUUAAUGAAUUUUGACCCAGUUUAUUAUUACCUCCCUUUUUCCCCAUGAAGUAGAUAAUAACUGUUAAUACAAUUUUAAUCAUGGAACCCUCUUAACAAUGUUUCAAAAGUAGUUUUACUGAAAUGUUCCUCUUCCUUUAUUGCGUGCCAACAGCUGAUUUCUGAAAUGUAUCAUUUUUACCUGGAUCAUAUUUUAACAACCUUUGUAUAGUUGUGAUACUGAAAGGUGCAUAUUUUGUAAAUUGUGCUUCAUUUCGUUGGUGUGUCUAAAUGAAUGUUGCUUUAAUGGAGUUUGCCUCCACUCUGUGUAUGUGAUUAGUGUGACUGGAUCCAGGUCUCGGGAAGUGAAUGAAUGACCACUUAACAACACACCUGUUGUUGGCAGUGUAGAGUGGUGAUCUGAUCUCAAAUGAGUCUAUUUUUUGCCAUGAAUCUCACCACUCCUAUUUAAUGUGUAAUAAAGAACAAAGUAAAGAGGAA